GCACCAUUGACCGACAAGAAAAUGGAGUUGUAGGUUGUUUGUCAAUAUUUUUUUUUAAGAAAUCCGGGCUACUGUGCUUUUCUUUACUAAAUUUCGUAAAUGCGAGCAGUUUACUUCUGCUGGUACUUUAUUCUUCUAAUAAAUGUAUCAAUUUCUAAUUAUUCGUUCUUGGAGAGAGUAAAACAUUGCGUAGGCGUGAUGCAUACGCACUACGAUGCCGUACUUUAAUUAUUGAGAGAGGACACCAUUAGCUGUAAAUUCGGAAAAAAAUUCUGUGAUCAGGGACCAUUCGAAGUUGUUGUUUAUGGUAAAUUGAAGAAACUCCAUGCCUGGCGAACACUUUCACAUGAUUGCAGUUGUAAACAAGCAGCAAAAUGCUGAAGCAGAUAAUGUUGAGGUGGUUAAGGAGCGAGGAGGCUGGCCAUCCUUGGAAGGAUGAAGAGUGUUACAAGAAGCCGUAUUGCAUUAUUCUGUUUAGUUGAUGCAGAGGAAAGUGUCGUCUUAGACCUUUCUUGUUUAAUUUUAUUGAGUAGUGGUAGAAUUGUUAGGAGUAGGAGUAGGAGUAGGAUUGUUGUUAUUGAAGCUCUUUUUUUGGAGCUCUCUGUUUUUCAUCGAAAAGUGGCCAGUGUCUCGGAAAGCGGCAUUAAUGAAGGUGAAGAAGUCGCCUGUGGCAUGGGGCCAGGCUCUCGUCUGAGAACGUUCAGCGUUGUACAAUUGCCUUCGAUGAACAAUGAACCAUUCGGGAAGCGGAAAACGUCAGGCGAAGGUUUUGGAAGAAAACUACUGGGACUGCAGUGUGUGCACCUAUAGAAAUACAGCGGAAGCAUUCAAGUGCCUCAUGUGUGACGUCCGCAAAGGAACUUCCACGCGGAAACCCCGGAUGAACCCUCAGUUGGUGGCACAACAGGUUGCUCAGCAACAGUACGUGCCAGUUUUGAAGCCAGGUAAAAAGGAGGGCGGUAGUGGGGGAAGUACGACUAGUAGCGGUAAAGACAGAGAACGCAAGCUGGACAAGCCAAGGCGUAAGAACAGGCAUCCUCCCAGGCUGAAAAAUAUAGACCGUAGCACGGCCCAAACGAAUGAAGUGACCGUGAACAAUGUCACUGUCGUUAUCACGGAAUACAAGCCCAAAGUGAAAAAGAGUUCCGACCAGUCGGGCCUCUCAAGCAGCGCCUCGUCCGAAAACGGAAGUCAAAAUGACUCCAAUCAGGACUCGAGAAGUUUGGACAUUGGAACUGAUGCUUAACGCUGCCCUUAUGUGUCGAAAAUAUCUCUACGAAAUAAUCUAACUAAUAUAUUAUUAUUAUUAUAUCAUGUAUGUCAACGUUGUUGUCUAUUAUCGUGCAACAUGUGGACAAGAACUCUUUCGUCUGCCUUGAGAUCACAAUCCAAGAUAGACUCAUCAUGCUAAUCAUGGCGAUCCUUUGCCGAGCAUUGGCAAAAUCGGUCUAUUUCGAUUUGGAUCUUGUCAAACGACCACUGCCAGAGCGCAUAUAUUAUUAUUUAAAUACUUAAAUCAACUAGAUAGUUAUAAUUAGCAUGUACUGACUCUAAUUGUUUUCUAUUCAAUUUCGUCUUAGUGAGAAAAUUUUGUCUUCGUGAUAAAAUGUAGUCUCCGUGAAAAUGUAUUGAAUCAAUUGAUUUCUAAUCAAUUUUGUGUUCGGGAGAAAAAUUUGUCUUGGUGAGAAAAUGUUGUCCCCGUGAAAAUGUACUGACUUAAUUGAUUUCUCUUUACUUUUGUCUUCUUGAGAAAAUUUGGUCUUGAUGAGAAUAUUUUGUCUUCGUGAUCAAAUAACUCCGUGAAAAUGUAUUGACUCAAUUGAUUUAUAUUGAAUUUUGUCUUUGUGAUAAAAUUUUGUCUAAGCGAUAAAAUUUUUUAGCCGUGAAAAUGCACUGACUAAUUGUUUUCUAUUUAAUUUUGUCUUGGUGAGAAAAUUUUUUCUCCGUGAAAAUGUAUUGACUCAAUUGAUUUCUUAUCAAUUUUGUGUUCGUGCGAAAAAUUCGUUUUGAUGGAAAAAUAUUGUCUCCGUGAAAAUGUACUGACUUAAUUGAUUUUUAUUUAAUUUUGUCUUCUUGAGAAAAUUUGGUCUUGGUGAACAUAUUUGUCUUCGUGAUCAAAUGUUGUCUCCGUGAAAAUGUUGUGACUUAAUUGAUUUCUAUUGAAUUUUGUGUUGUGUUUGUGAUCAAAUUUUGUCUUCGCGAUAAAACUUUUUCUCCGUGAAAAUGUACUGACUUCAUUAAUUUCUAUUCAAUCUUGGUAUUCGUGAGAAAAUUUUAUCUUUGUGAUAAUAUUUUGUCUCAGUGAAAAUGUUUUGACUUGAUUAAUUUCUAUUCAAUUUUUUAUUUGUGAGAAAAAUUUUGUCUGGAUGAACAAAUUUUGCCUUGAUGGAAAAAUUUUGUCUACGUGAAAAUGCACUGACUUAAUUUUUUUAUAUUCAAUGUUGUCUUUGUGAGAAAAUUUCUUCUCUCUGAAAACGUAUUCAUUUAAUUGAUUUCUAUUCAAUUUUGUCUUCAUGAGAAAAUGUUUCUUUGGAGAAACAAUUUUGCCUUCGUGAUAAAAUUUCUCCUCCGUGAAAAUGUACUGACUAUUAAUUUCUAUUCAAUUUUUUAUUUGUGAGAAAAUUUUGUCGUGGUGAGCAAAUUUUGCCUUGAUCGAAAAAUUUUGUGUUCGUGAUAAAAUUUUGUCUGCGUGAAAAUGUACUGACCUAAUUUUUUUCUAUUCAAUGUUGUCUUGGUGAGAAAAUUUUGUCUCCGUGAAAAUGUAUUCACUAAAUUGAUUUCUAUUUUGUCUUUGUGAGAAAAUUUUUCCUUGGAGAAAAAAUUUUGUCUUCGUGAUAAAAUUUCUUUGUGAAAAUGUACUGACUUAAUUAAUUUUUAUUCAAUUUUUUAUUUGUGAGAAAAAUUUUGUCUUGGUGAACAAAUUUUGCCCCGAUGGAAAAAUUUUGUCUGCGUGAAAAUGUACUGACUCAAUUGAUGUCUAUUCAAUUUUGUCUUAGUGAAAAAAAAUUGUCUUCGUGAUAAAGUUCGUCUUGGUGAAAAAAAUGCACACGUAUGAUAUGUUUAAGAUCUACAUAUUUACUGCCAUUCCAACGUGAUGAAAUCAAAAUCUGUUUUCCAUCCAUGGAAAAAAAUGUGUUUACAUUGGAAGAAACGAAUGCGCCAACUGGUAAAUAUUAAUUUUAGGAAGUGUGUACGGAUGAACAUGCAAUGUUUUAGAAGCGAAUAAAACUUGACCACUAAUGGACAAGUUUUUCGGUGAUUUGACAAAGACUUUAUGAUGCCUAGGAUAUGAAUAUAAUGUCGAUUGAUAUUCGUUUAAUUGUGCUCAAUCAAAUUUUGCAAUGUUUUUAGUGGAUAAAUUUAUUUGUGUAUUUUCUUUCGACGGUAUUGUUAAAAUGCCGCCUAUUAAAAUUUAAGUUUUCGUUGAUGUAACGAUGGAGUUUUACAAUAAUCAUUAUUGUACGUGUAUUGAAGUGACUCAAUUUUUUGGGUACAAUUUUAUAAAUCAGAAUUAUAAUAGGUGGAGGCUAGGAAGUAAAGUACUCGAAUCGUGGGUUCUUAAGAAAGUUUUAUUUUUUAUGCGAUUAUUAUCUUUCGCAUUUUUGUCUUGAUGCCGCUUUUAGUUACAAAUCGGUCGAGAUGACAAGAGAAUUUGUAAACAAUGUGUUUAGAAAAAAAAUUGAAAUAUAUGCAUAUUUGAUUGAUCAAA